GAUCAGUAUGUAAAUAACUUCCGCGAACUGACCUGAACUUUAUCACUUCCUGGUUGGUGUAGGCGGGAUCAUGUUUCACUCAGAUCGGUUGGCUCAACUUUAAUUCUAACUUUCCAGACGCAAAUGCUGAACUCCUAAAGGGUACCUGCGUCAGUUUACACUACGGGAAUCAUGGCGAGAUUCGAAGACAGCUUUUGGGGUACUGACUUCUGCAGUACGCAGGGGUUUGAGACCCUGUUAGCUCGUAUGAAGGAGGGGUCUAAUAUGUGUAAAGAGCUGGAGGACUUCCUAAAGCACAGAGCUAAAGCAGAAGAAGAUUAUGCCAAGACUCUACAGAAGAUGGUGAAAAGUGCAGGUGAUGGGGGAGAGAUUGGGAUACUAAGGAAUGCAUGGGACACUGUCAGAAAAGAAACAGAGCAUUUGGCAAAUGUGCACAUGACGAUGUCCCAGAGUCUGACAAAGGAGGCAGAGGACAUUAGAGGGUUCAGGAAACUACAGGAACAAAGCAGGAAAGAGACAGAAGAAGACAACAUGAAGUACACCAGAUUGAAGAGGGAUCUUUACAAAAAGACCAUGGAUGCUAAGAAAUCAUACGAGCAGAAGUGUAGGGAAGCAGACGGUGCUGAGAAUGCUUACAGUACCUCCCGGUUGAAAAAGAAGGCAUCGGGUGCCAGACAGCAAGCAGAACAAGCAGACACGGCAUACAAGAGCUGUGUGGAAGGUUUGGAGCAGUCCAGGGUUUCUUGGGAGAAGUGCCACGCCCACUCUUGUCAGGUAUACGGAAGUUAGUCUGGAUUUCGGCUAUGGGUCAGCAAGAAUUAACUCUGCGGAAAGGUCGCCAUAUCCGCGUACUGAAGAGAGAGAAUGACCUGUGGUGGCAUGGUGAAAUGGAUGGAAAGAUCGGAGUUUUCCCCUCGACUUAUGUGGAACCAAUAUCACUGAUUUAGUUUCAUUUGUUUAAGUUUAGUGGAAUUUGCCCAUACAUCUGUAACAGAUGCUUAGGGGUGGUGCAUCUCCAUUUCUGUAGCCCUUGGGCCACACAUUUGUGCAAACCACUACAGCAGGGGGCUGGUCUGCUGGUAGUGAUGUGUGUUUAACUCCCAUACUCAAAUACCAAUAAUUAGUGCUGAGUGCUAAGCAGAGAAAGCAGCAUGUACUAAUUAUAAAGUCUUUGGUAUGACUUGUCCGGGAAUUGAACUCACCACCUUCCGAAUGCAAGGCAAACACUUUACCCACUCAGCAAUUGCACCAGUCAAAUCAGAAUGCUUUAUUUGUAGCAUUUACUUCAAAAUUUAUUGUAUCAAACAAGUCCAUAAAAUCUGAUAUUUCUGGUCAAUCACAAGUACAUGCAAACAAAGUUUAAGAUACCAGUGAAAGGCUCUAGUUGGUAGAUAAGUGAAAGACCAUUAUCACAUUAUCUUUAAAGCAAACAUUCCAGAAUCUUGCCAGAGUUCAGUAUUCAUCAAAGUCAAAACCCAAAAUGGAGAUUUCUAGGAUCACAAGCAAACUAUCUCAGGAUCCUCUCUUUCAAUAUGACUAUCAAAUAUUAUGGUGUAUUUGAAUGCAUAUGAUCAAUUCUAGAAUUUUACUAUGAUUUCUGCAAUAUGUAAACCUAUUGUAAUCAAUUUCAAUAGGUCAAAUUCUACAGAAGUUUUAAUAAGAAUUUGUGCAACUCAUUGAAACAAUUAGUAUGUUUUUUUUUUAUCAUAAUUUGUUUUUUAUUAUUUUCUCAACAUUUUAUACAGAUUGAUCUUGAGGUAUGAGUCUUGAUAAUAAGUGUUCAUAUCAAAAUUGAAGUCAUUAUUUUAACUGGCUUAAAUGUUUAUAAUUCAGUAGUGACCACUCAAUACUUGACUUGAAGAAAAUAGUCACUGUGACAGUAAAUUGCCUCUGUAGACAGGGUUCUUUAUGUCUGCCUAGCACAGGCUGCCUUGCGUUUCUACAUGACUAUGUUUCGAUUAAGGUGCAUUUCAAUUACAACAUUUGCAACACACAAUACAUUACGUGGUAAUUGCUUUAUCAAUGUCCUUGGACAGGAAAUAAUACAGUAAUAUAAGUUAUUCGGUACUAUGUGCAAUUCAGAUGAAGACAAGUAACAAAAUGUUUUGCAAUCAGUCGGUGUUUUAAGCAUUGUUCAUGUAAUAUGUUGAUGCUUUUAAAAUGCAAUAAUAGUGUCUUGUACAAAACUUUUUAGCAAAUUUGUAAUGCUAGGAUGAGUUAGAUGAUUCUCUGGUGAAGAAAAAAACACAAUAUAUGUAGCCGGUGAUCAUAUGAAUCAAGAUGAUGACUAUAUGAUAUCAUGUACAUUUAUCAUAUUCCUACUGGGACUUGAUUUUAUAAAGUACUGGGUAUACUGAGCUUGUUUAGAGUCUUUUAUUUAAGGAAUCAAAUAUAUUCAAUUUCAUUAUACCUGACCUUAAGUUAAUAACUGAUAAUUGCAUUUGUUUUCAUGGUGGACACAAAAAAAAACAUGAGCAGGUAUACAGGAACUAUCUGUUACAAAAAAUAAAUGUGUUGAAAUUUGUUCUUUCUGUGUUAUCAUAUCUUUAAAACAGCAGGGAAUAAAUAUUUGCUUCACUAGA